UGGAAUAUCGAGCGACUAGCUGCCUCGGCGUACCCAUUGAGGAAUAAUGGGAUUGAUUUGCGUUGCAACCUUCCCUCCCCCGCUGGUCGGUGCCUUUUAACAUCGAAGAACAUAAUCGGCUGAGCACGGCUGAGCGUUUAGUCAUAAGCAACAUGGCGAGCGCUCGGUGGUAAGCGGAUAUUUAGCCCGACGCGGAAACGUCACACAUGCUGCCUGUAGCUGUCAAACUUGCAGGAAAGCAGAAGGAUGGAGCUGUUCCGCACUGACACUCAUUUUAUCUUCGUGAAAGAGAGGCACAGCCUCUGGUGUGACAAGUGUACCGGUGAAUUCGCCGCAAAAUCAGAUUGGGAAUGGGCCACGCCGAAGGAUUUAGAAUGUCUGGGGAUGUUUUACGGCAUAGUCGGAAAAAUUGAUCAGACAUCGGUAUUGGAACCUCGCUUGAUGCUCAUAAAGGAUGUCACACCAGCUGGAGAAUUACAUGGCGGUCACAUUGUUUACAAAAUUAAAUCUAUCGCGUUUCUACAUUUUGGCACAGAGAAUAUGGAUAUUGGUUUGCUACCUUGUAAGAAACAUCAAUAUGUAUUGAAGAAGAAAGGGAGCAGUGGAUUAUUUGAUGUGCCACAGAAAGCAGCUUUAGCGAAAACCUGGGGUACAAUCAAGAAUGCCACAAAUACUAUAAAAAAUACUACACAACAUGCUGCAGCGUUGGCUACGUCUCAAAUGAAGUCCACAGUGAUUAAACGCAGCGUAGUAAAAGAUAAAGACAGAUUCGAGAAGAGAAUUUUGGAAGAGCUGAAUAAGAUAUUUACCGAAACUGAUUCAUUCUUUUUUUGCCAGACUGGUGAUAUUACUAAUAGUUUACAACGACAAUGCAUAAUGGAAUCUCAGCAUGACAAUCAAGAUAAACCAUUGUGGCAACGUGUAGACGACAGAUUUUUCUGGAACAAACAUAUGUUACAUGACAUUAUUAAUCUAAAUACAGAUAAAGCAAACUGUUGGAUAUUGCCAAUUAUUCAAGGAUAUGUUCAAAUAGAAAAAUGCAUAGUCGAGGUAGGUUUUGAUGAGCAACCGCAACAAGAGAUAUUUAAUUUGGCGAUUAUAUCGAGAAGAAGUAGAUUCCGUGCUGGAACUAGGUACAAGAGACGCGGAGUGGAUGACGAUGGCAAGUGUGCAAAUUAUGUUGAGACUGAACAAUUAGUUUGGUAUCAUGAUCAUCAAGUAUCCUUUGUACAAGUGCGAGGAAGUGUGCCAGUAUAUUGGUCUCAACCUGGGUAUAAAUAUAAACCUCCACCACGAAUUGAUAAAGAUGAGGCUGAAACGCAGAUAGCAUUUGAAAAGCAUUUUAGUGAAGAACUUGCGUUGUACGGGCCUAUUUGUAUUGUUAAUCUAGUCGAACAGACUGGUAAAGAAAGGAUUAUUUGGGAAACUUACAGUAACCAUGUAUUUAAUUAUAAUCAUUCAGAUAUAACAUACACCACUUUCGAUUUCCAUGAAUAUUGUCGAGGAAUGCAUUUCGAAAAUGUGUCUAUUCUGGUUAAUGCAUUGGCUACAAUGCUAACAAAUAUGGGUUACUGUUGGCGCGAUAAACAAGGUAUGAUUUGCAUGCAAAAGGGCGUGUUCCGUGUAAAUUGCAUAGAUUGCUUAGAUAGAACAAACGUGGUGCAAACCGCUCUGGGUAAAGCUGUUAUGGAAAUGCAGUUUUCAAAACUGGGACUAAUACCACCUGACGGAAUUCUGCCUGCAAACAUAAGACAGACUUUCCAAUCGCUUUGGGCUAAUAAUGGAGACAUUAUUAGCAAGCAAUAUGCAGGAACAAAUGCUUUAAAGGGAGAUUAUACACGUACUGGGGAGAGAAAAUUUACUGGGCUGAUGAAAGACGGCAUGAAUUCUGCAAACAGAUAUUACUUGAAUCGUUUCAAGGAUGUCUACAGACAAGCGACGAUUGAUAUGAUGUUGGGAAAUUCAGUAAGCGAAGAAGUAUUCUUAGAACGUACAGACGAGGAAGAUAACGCGGCAACUGCGAUUCACGUGAAAUUAUUGAUUGAAGAUUGUAAAAAAUUACUGAUACCUGAUCCAGAAGUUAUUCUAGGCAGUUGGGGAGUUAUCGAUGCUGAUCCUGUUACUGGUGAUCCAACCGAGACGGAAAUGGACACUAUUUUAAUAUUGACUCGAGAUAGUUAUUACAUUGCUGAUUAUGAUGAUCAAAUCGAUAAAGUUACAAAUUAUCAAAGAGUUUUAUUAGAUGAUAUUGUUUUAAUUGAAUUUGGUCAACCUGAAAACAUGGUCUCAUUUUUCAAGAAUAAACAUUACUACUGUAUUAGAAUUAAUUAUAAAGUAAACGGCGAUUAUGGUUACUUUCACAUGUUUCGUAGUACAAAUUUAAGAUUUUUCAAUAAUAUGGCGGUUGUGAUCAAAACUGAAGAGGAAAGCAUUGAAUCUUUGAAAGCAAUUUGUGAAGCUAUUUCAGUAGCCAUGGAGAUAUCAAACUUGCCAAAAAUUCCCGUAGCCAUUAAUGUUACAUUAGAUAAAAGAAAGAGUAAAUUAGUGAAUGCUAAAGGUUCUAUUGGAUUAUUGGACAUUUCAUCGUUUCCGGAACUGACAAGAAAUGUAUCUGAGACACAGUUACUUGCUUUAAAAACAGCAGGUACAAAAGCUUUAAGCAAUAUGUCAGAGCAAUUUAGCAAAUUGAAUAAACUGAGUCAGAGUUUCAGUGCAAAGAAACCAAUUGAUUUAGCAAAGAAUAUAAGUAACAUACCGGCGGAGAAGGUAUCAAAGCCGAUUUUUACAGUUGGCAACAGCAAUAUCUCAGGCAAUGCAGAAGAGAAGAGUAACAGUAGCAGCAGUAGCAAUAGCAGCGAGAAUAUCGAAAUGACACACGUACACGUCGAGAAGCCAGAGAACUUCAGUCAUGACAAGCAUUUGAUGGAAGCUUAUACACCAUUGAUUGGUAUUAUUAUGGGUGUGAAAAAUACUAAUGUUGUGGAUGGUAGUGUUUGCGAUUCUAAUGUGAACGAGGAAGUAUCCAAGAAAAUGAGACCUAACAAGAUGAAUUUAAAUUCAAAACCUGAUUUGGCCAUUGAUGCGUUACAUCUGAUUCCGCAAACUGGAUCCGGUACUAGUACUCUUAGCGCUUCGCCGCAGAAGAUUACGGCAACGACGCCAGAGAUAACAGUAUACGAUGUAGGAGAUAAUAUAGGCGAGGAAAGAGAUCGCAUGAUUCCACUAUCAAGCUUAUCGCUUACCAAGAAUAUCAGUCAUUCAACAGGGGAUGUUGAUAAUAAAGCAUCGAUUGGUGUUAAGAGCACUAUUCUUCAAACAGAUAAUAGAUUGGAUGAAAAGAAAAGAUCAGCCUCGGAACAGGAUUUGACGUUGAACAUUACAUCAUCUCAAAGCGAAUCUGCCUUAAAAUCCAUAAAGGAAAAUAUCGCGAGCGUUACUAGUCCUGUAGCAUCUACAGCCAAAGAUAUUUUGUUGCCGUUCUCCAAAUUUGCAAAAGGUGUUCAAACGUUAGGAGCUAAUUUAGACCCUAGAAAACUAAAAACAGGCCACGUAAUGCGGAAUUUGUCGGAACACCAUAUGGAGGAGCGCCAGAAACUUCAGGAAAGAUGGGCCUCUUGUCAAUCUAAACUUAUUGCUUUAUAAACUCUUUACCCGAAUAGCUUUUUG